UGUAAACUGCUCUCGAUGCGUGGCUCCAGUGAGGCUGCGUGGCUGCAUCACACACACACACACACACACACACACACACACACACACACAGUGCUUUCUCUUCUCCCCCCCUCCACCUCCUCCACCUCCUCCUCCACCAGCACCAACGUCCUGCCGUUAUUAUCACACAGCUCCAUAAUGGAAACUAAACCGGUCAUCACCUGCCUUAAAACGCUCCUCAUCGUUUACUCCUUCGUGUUCUGGAUAACAGGAGCCAUCCUGCUGGCAGUGGGAGUAUGGGGGAAGUUGAUGCUGGGCCCGUACAUCUCUCUGAUAGCCGACAACUCCACCAACGCCCCGUACGUCCUCAUUGGCACCGGCACCGUCAUCAUCGUCUUCGGCCUGUUCGGAUGCUUCGCGACCUGCAGAGGAAGCCCAUGGAUGCUGAAGCUGUAUGCCAUGUUUCUGUCGCUCGUCUUCCUCGCUGAGUUAGUGGCCGGGAUCUCUGGAUUUGUGUUUCGCCAUGAGAUAAAGGGGACCUUCCACAGGACGUACACCGACGCAGUCCUGAACUACAACGCCGAGGACGAGGCGAGCCGCGCCGUCGAUAACUUGCAGCACAAGCUGCGUUGCUGUGGCGUGUAUAACUACACCAGCUGGUUUGGCAGUGUGUAUUACCCAUCCAAUGGCAUCCCUGCCAGCUGCUGCGUUAACUCCUCUGACUGCAACCCAGAAGACCUCCGCAAUACAACUCUAGCCCCGAGCAAGGUCUACCACCAGGGCUGCUAUGAGCUGGUCACCUCGUUCAUGGAGACCAACAUGGCCAUUAUCGCAGGAGUGACAUUCGGGAUCGCUUUCUCACAGCUGAUUGGCAUGUUGCUGGCCUGCUGUCUGUCCAGGAUCAUCACAGCCAAUCAAUAUGAGAUGGUCUAGCUGAUGUGACGUGGCAGGGAGAUGAAGAGAAGAAAAAAGACAAAGAGCCUCGACACACGACAAGAGUAAAUUCCCAAAACACUAUCACACGUCCGUAUUGGAAUUUACCUCCCUCCGUCUCUCUGCCUGUGAUCUUAAUGUAAUAUCUUAAUGUAUCUUAUUGUAAAGCACCAUUCCUUGACUCACUGCUGUUGCAUCAAAACGUUCUAUACCACACGUCACAUCACACCGCUGCUUGAUGUAGAAGUUGCUCAUUGGCACAUAUCUCGGAUCACUACAGCCUACGACCUUCAACGGGCGGGUUAAAACCAGACUUGUCGGGAGUUGACAGCAGUCUUGGUCUCAGAUAGGUGAUUGGGUGCAACUCGGCUUCUCAGUCUGUUGCAGCAUGCUUCACCGACCGUCAUCAGAGGACCACUGCACAUCUUUGUACAGAAUGACAUUACUAAAGCUUGAAAGUAAUACUUUAAUAGAUAGGUUUAGUUUUGCAUUUGACUUUGCUAUCGCUCACCAUUGUAUAUUCCUAUGGUUGUGACAUUUUGUGAACUGAUUACGUGUACCGAGGAUAAUAUUUUAAGUUUAUAUGAAACAUAGGGAAACUGACAACGGAGAGAAAAGGGAGAAUUUGUACCUGUAGACGAGGCAUGGUGUUUUUUUGACCAGAUCAUUUAACUAAAAUAGCAAAUUAUGAGAUACAUUACAUCUUAAAAUUGUAACUCAUCAUCAGUUCGGAUUCGAAAUGGGAAUCUUCCCCCAGUAAACCCUCCACUUUGCUCUACUUUACAUGCUUAAAAUGACGCUAACAUGAGCAAAAUAAACAAUUGAGGUGGAACAAAUCUGCCACAAAGUAGAUGAACGCACACCACACAGUGCUUUCUAACGUCAUCUUGGUCGCUAUCGGGACAAUAAGUUCACACUGUGUUUAUUCAAAAGACGAACUUACACCAUUGACUGUCUGAGAGACUUCCUCAUUGUUUGGAGCAGUUGAAGGAAGAUGAAACACAGCUAACAGGCAGAAAUAGCUUCCUCAGUGUUGUUGCACUCUUGUCCUCACCCCCCGCCCCCUCAAAGGUCAAUGCAUGGUGAGACCCGGCUUGAAAACCUUGCAGAAAAAACAUGCAAUGAAUCAUAUGAAAGCCUCUCCGCAAAGGCAUUCAUCGCGUUGCACCUGGUGGUCAGAUUGAGGGUGCAUCCAGACAGGAUGCGGCGCUGCAGGUUUUUCCAUUUAUCUGAGUGGGGGUAGUGCAUUUUGGCCACGGGGGGUGUCCGGUGAAACCUCCACAGUCGGCCUGAAAUGUCUCUGAAGAUAGUCUCUCUCCUGAGACUGUCGAAACUCCGUUGUGUUAUGA